AUGGAGAGAUUUUGGCGAUUUUCUAUAUUUUUUCUGCUAUUUUUGGUGACGUUCGCGCGGAACCCGUGUCGCCAACGCGUCUACCCUGACACCGCAACCGGAGCUGCGAUCGGGUGCGUGUGCAACGCGAGCUAUUGCGACGAUUUCGAUGACGUUGGGAAUAUCACAAAAGAUGCCUUCGUGCUGUUUCUUUCUUCAAGAGACGGGAAUCGAAUGGACCGAAUCGACUAUCAUUUCACCGCUUUCCCAAACGUCUCCGACACGAUCACGAUCGAUUUCGGCAAGAGAUUCCAGAAAGUGCUCGGAUUCGGUGGAGCGAUCACCGAUUCGGUUGGGGUGAAUUUGAGGAAACUCUCGCAGGCGACAAGUGAUCAACUCAUCAAUCAAUACUACGGGAAAGCUGGCAUUGGCUAUCGUUUGACGCGAACUGUUGUCGCGUCAGCGGAUUUCUCGACGCACGUCUACUCAUACAAUGAUGUUGAUCAAGAUUUCGACAUGAAAAACUUCAAUUUGACACAAGAGGAUUAUUUGUAUAAGAUUCCGUACAUCAAGCAAGCUCUUUCCCUAUCGAAGGCGAAUGGCAUCGAUUUAAAGCUCUUUUGCACGGCGUGGGCACCGCCUGGGUGGAUGAAAAGCAAUGGAAAGAUGGAGGGCGGCGCGAAGAUGAAAGGCUCGACUGAUGGACCCUACUACAAAGCCUAUGCCACGUAUUAUAAAAGAUUCUUUGAGGAAUACCACAAAGAGGGAAUCGAUUAUUGGGGAAUGACGCCAACGAAUGAGCCGCUAGAGGGCAGGAAUGCCGACUACAAAUUCCAAGUGGUCAACUUCGAGGCCGAGGAUGAGCGUGAUUUCAUCAAAUAUCAUCUCGGGCCAAUGUUGCAAGAGAACGAUUUCACAAAGAAUAUCUCGCUGUUGAUCGGCGAUGAGAAUCGAUACGCUUUUCCCGAUUUCGCGGAUACGAUUCUCGGCGAUCCGAUGGCCGCCCCGUACGUGAGCGGUUUCGCAUACCAUUGGUACGCUGACGAGGGAAUCCCGCCAGAUGUCAUCGAUCAGACAAUUCAGAAACAUCCCGGUUACAUCAAUUUAUACACUGAGGCGUGCGCCGGCUGGCACGACUACGAGCUUUCGCCGGUGAUGGGCGACUGGGGACGCGCCGAUCUCUACGCGCACAAUAUUAUUGAGGACAUGUCCCACGGGGUGCAGGGCUGGGUCGACUGGAAUCUGGUGCUCGAUUCACAGGGUGGCCCGAACUGGGUGCAGAAUUUCGUCGAUGCGCCGAUCAUCGCCAACUUUACCGCCGACGAGUUCAUCAAACAACCGAUGUUCUAUAUCUUGGCGCAUUUCAGCAAAUUCGUGCUGCCCGACUACACGCGGAUCGGCUUCGUCUCACCGGAUUUGAAUCUGGAGGGCCUCGCCUUCCUUUCAACGGAUCAAACGAAACGCGUGGUGAUGUUGCAUAAUCAGGACUCGCAAAAUGGGCAUUCCUACACUUUACAAGACACGGGAAACACGCUACGAUUCGCGAAUUUGUACCUACCGCCUAGCUCAUUCACUACGCUGAUAUACAAUAUG